AUGCAGGAGGACAAGGCCGCAAAGGAUAUCCUCGCGAUGGCCAAGAACAGGACCGUGCAAGCAGGGCCCAAGAUGUACCAGCCGCCAGCCAAGGAGGAGCUCAGCGCAGAGGGCCGCAUUGCCGCAAACAUGGCGUUCAUGUCCACCAAGGCGAGCCCGGGCCCGCCCCCGGAGACGUGGGGCGCCUACCAGACCAAGAACGAGGAGCAUGGCGGCGUCAUCGCCAUGAUGGACCUGCUGACCGCGGACCUCGAUAAGGAGAUCUCUCAGAUGAACGUCGACGAGAAGAACUCGCAGGCCGAGUACGAGGCUUUCAUGGCUGAGUCGUCCACUAAGAGGGCCACCGACUCCAAGUCGAUGGAGGAGAAGGAGGGGCAGAAGGCGGACCUGGAGGCCGAGCUGGUGAAGCUGGAGGGGGAGGUGAAGAGCAGCACCAAGGAGCUGAUGACCAAGGCCACGACCAUCAAGGACCUCCACCUCGAGUGCGACUGGCUCGUCUCCAACUUCGAGGUCCGGAAGCAGGCCCGCGCAGGCGAAGUCGACUCGCUCAAGAGCGCCAAGGCCGUGCUCUCCGGGGCGGACUACGAGCUGCUGCAGACGGGCGCCGGGCUCCGCGCGCUGCGCGGCCCGCUCUGA